AUGGCAUCCCCAUACCGUCAUGUCUACGCAGAAAUUGCGAAGGUAGAGAAAUCAUACCAAGAGGUCAACAUCUCUACAACAUCUGUUGAUACAAACCUUCUUGCUGCCAACUAUCGCUAUGUUGCAUACCCAGUUGAAACAUCUGGUGGUGGUCUUUUUGCAGUUCUUCCAGCUAAUGGCUACGGCAAAGUUGGAACAACAAAUUCACUAUUCCGUGGUCACACAGGCGGUGUUCUUGAUGUUGACUUCAACCCAUUCAAUGAUAACAUCAUUGCCUCAGCAGCAGAAGAUGCUACUCUUCGUGUCUGGCAAAUCAAGUUUAAUGGCACUGAUGUCGAAGAGCAGAAUGAAUCUCUCGCUGUUAUGAAGGGUCACUCCCGUCGUGUUCAACGUGUUACAUGGAACCCAGCAGUUAAUAAUUGCAUUGCUACAUUCGGUGCUGAAAAGAAUGUCAAGGUUUGGGAUGUUUCCAAGGCUUCCUGCGUUUUCACUUUCAAGGCUGGAAAGGAUGAUCUCCUUGAUAUCAACUGGAACCAGAACGGUAACCUCCUUGUUUACCCAAUGAAGGACAAGAAGCUCCACGUCCUCGAUAUUCGUGCCAACGCUGAGACAUUUGCUGUCAACUCUCAUCCAGGCCUCCGUGGUGGUCGUGCUGUAUUCUACGACAAGCUUAACAUGGUCGCUACAACAGGCUUCUCAUCCUCCUCUGGCAGACGAAUCGCAAUUCGCGAUAUCCGUAAUCCAGAGAAUCCACUCGCCCAAAUCGAUGUCGAUUCUAACAACGGUAUCCUCGCUCCAUUUAUUGAUGAAGAUACAGGCGUUCUUGCUUGCUUCUCACGUGGUGAUGCACUUAUCCGCUUCUACGAAUUACAAUCAGCAGAAAAUCCACUUGUUACAUGCAAUGCUUUCGCUUGCAAGGAAGCUGUCCGUGCAUUUGCUCGUGCUCCGAAGUACUGCGUCGAUACAAACGUUUGCGAAAUCGACAGAUUUUACAUCAUCAACCAGGCUAAGCAACUCCAGACAACACAGGUCAUUGUACCACGUAAGAAUGCUGAGAUCUUCCAGGAGGAUAUCUAUCCAGAAACAAACGCACCAGUUCCAGGCAUCGAAUUCGACGCAUGGAAGGCUGGAGGUGAGCCAAAGUUCCAGAAGAUCUCUCUCGAGAACGGAUACACCCCAGCUGAUGGCGCUGCUUUCUCUGUCGAAGCUCAAGCCGAGGAAACUGUCGAAUCUCUCAAGGAAGAGAACGAGAAGCUCCGCACAAGAAUUGCUCAGCUUGAGGAGGAACUCCGCCAACUCAAGCAUUAA